AUGGCCUUGCUUUCCGCCAUGCUAGAUCCAUCGUUUCAGAGCCAUCGCAUCGCUGAACUUCAGCUCAAGUUCGAAUCAUUACUCAGCGCAAGUCUGCUCGACGACGAGUUUGCAGAGGAUAACCCAUCACUUGACCAGUUUCGAAAAUCGUACCUUCUGGCGUUUUAUGAAUUCCACCAGUUCCCAGGACACCGGUCAUGGUUGCGAAUUAGCCGCGUCACACGCAUGGCCUACCAUGUUGGCCUAGAUCGCCUAGAUUUUAUCGCUAGUCAGAGCACUGAAUGGGCGGCUGUAAGCGACGAUGAUAUGCGAGAAUGGCGCCGACUAUGGUGGUGUCUAUAUCGCCUCGACACCUACUCGAAUCUCGCCUCCGGGGCCCCAUAUCUGAUUAACGACGACCUAAUGAACACGUCAUUCAAUCAAGAUCCGACUGCAGAUAACCCUCAGAAGAUAUUGUUGCCUACAACAUGCGAGCAGUUAUCGAACGUCCUUCCUGCUAUCAUCGCAGAUGCUCAUACGUCGACCGAGAAUAUACACAACAUCACCGUUUCCGUCCUGCGCCAGGCCGGCGCUGCGACUCGUCUGCAUCUUGUUCAACUCCCGGACGGCAUUGCUUCUCGAGUUGCUAGUGUCGAACGGCAACUGGCAAUACUGCACUUGUCGCUGCCCACCGGCUGGUUGAAUCCCCGACGGCGUGCCUUUUCCAACGAGUCGCCAGAGGAGCACCAUGGACGUAUCAUUACCGUCUUCCAUAUCCGAAUGGCUCAUUUGCUCCUUGCCAUUGUUGCAUGCGGGCAUCGGCAAGCGGGUGACUGGAUGACCAACUGGCAGCGAGUGCUUGAAGCGUGUCAGGACAUUGCCACGCUCGCGAGUCAGUGGGAUAGCGCCUUCUGCAAUAUAGUAGACCCGGCGAUUACGUUUACGACAUUUACCGCCCUCGUAUUCCUGGAUAUGCACCAAAAGUUUGACAUCACAAUGGACUAUGACCUCCUGAACAGUAUCCACCACGGCAUCACCAUUAUGCAUCUACAGCUCAAGCACUUCGGGAGUCUCUGGACCCAGGCUAAACUUCUUGCAUGUAAGUGUCCGUGUGCUGAGUAG